AUAUGCUCCCGCCAUAUCGCCCGAACUUCUGAAAACAUCAUCCUCAAAGCAAAAGGAGAAGAAGAGACUCAAGUCAAUAAAACAACCUUCCUAAUCCAAAAGCCAUUAACUCACACCACAUUUCAAUAAAAUCAAAACGAAUCACGACAAUGCAUCGAAUCUGUUUUAGAAUCCGACCCCUUCUUCGCUUCCCUCGUCAUCGCAACAUUUCUUCUUCUUCUUCGAGAAAACCAAUCAAUUCAACAAACACCAAUGUACAAGAUUCCACAAAUGCCCUUCCCUCUAUCCCUGACCAUAGCCGCACUCUCUCUCCUAUUUCUUCUCAAUCUCUCUCCCGCACUUCCGUCAUCGCUCUCUCCGCCGCCGUCGUGUCCGCUGUCUUCGCCUCCGUCGCGCUUCUCUCCUCCGAUCAUGACGAAUCCGAUGGUGGCGUAGCCACUAAUCCUCUCUAUGCUGGCGCGGAGCUCGCCGUGCACAAGGCCGGCGACUCCCUCAACCGGAUUUUUCACCACGCCAAGCGCACUGGCGUCGCUGCCUCUGUCCUCUGGCAGUCGCUUCACUCGGUACUGUCCUCCGCCAACCACGAGGUCCGCUCCGGCUUCGAGAUUCGCGUUGCGGCCUUGCUCGCCGACAUCGCCGCCGCGAAUUCUGGACGCAGGGCCGCGAUCGUCGGUGCCGGCGGCGGAGCCGUUGUGGAUUGGUUGCUGGAGUCGGUGGCGGUGGCGAAGAACGGCGGCGGCGGAACUCAGGCGGAGUCGGCGAGAGCGCUGGCGUAUUUGAUUGCGGACCCUAACGUGUCUGCUGCUGUGCUUGGGCGACCUCAUGCUGUUCCGAAUCUUCUGAGGUUCAUUUUUUCUUGCCAGCCUCGUCGUUCUAAGAACAAGAAGAAGCAUUCACGACGCAGUGCAUUUGACAUUUCUGAUUCUUUGAAAGGCAGGAGCAUGCUUGUGGCUGCCAUUAUGGAUAUUGUUACAUCCAGCUGUGACAGUGCAGAAGUGGUAUCUUUUAAGCCAUCAUUGCCUGGAAAUGCUGAAACCAGAGACAUUGCUGCUGCCCUACAAGUUAUCGAGGAAGGGGGUUUGCACUUGGAUGAGCCACCUGAAGGUGAAGAUGAUGAUGGUGAUGGGACAGGAGGUAAAGGGAUUGGAAUCAAGAUACUUGAAGGCACCACUGUUUUAGGGCUUUCAAGAAACAGCUGUGUAAUGGAGUCGGAUAAUUCUAAUGCCUCUCAUGAAGAAUUGUUGAAACAUCGUACUCCUCAAACUCUCAGAUAUCAAAAUAAGUAUGAAAAGUCACUGGCACAAGAAAAUAUGUCUUCUGCUGUUGUUCCUGGACUCUGGGAUGAUUUACACUGUGAACAUGUUGCUGUUCCUUUUGCCACCUGGGCAUUGGCAAAUUGGGCCACCGCUUCACGGUUAAAUCGAUCUCAUAUACAGGAACUGGAUCAAGAUGGAAAUGCUAUAAUGUCGGCUUUAAUGGCACCUGAGAGAACUGUAAAAUGGCAUGCAAGUUUGGUGGUGCGGUUGCUAUUAGAAGAUCGCAGUACACCUUUGAAUGAAUCUGUUUCUGAUUGGGGUUCCAAUCUUCUUUCUACUAUAUCUCAAGCAUGCAAGCAUGAAGAUUUUUCUUUGGCUCGGGUAUCUUUCUCUGCUUUUCUCUUAUCAGUUGAGAGGAGCCCUGGAGUGCAGAAGAUAGUGAUGGAGAAGGGUCUUAAUUCAAUGAGAGAUAUCGCCAAGCAGACCACAAAGGAUAAGCAGGUGCAAGAAUCAAUGGCAAAGGCAUUAGAACUACUUUGUACUGGAGACCUGCAUCUGUCUCUUGAAGAGAGUCAAAAAUGGUCAGGGAUUCUUCUUCCUUGGGUUUUUGGAACAUUUUCCUCUGAUACUAUACGAUCUUCAGCCAUAAAGAUUCUUUCUCAGAUCUUGGAAGACUACGGACCAACAACUGUUCCACUUUCGCAGGGAUGGUUAGUCAUGAUGCUAUCUGAAGUACAAAGUUCCAUCAAGAAAUCAAAUGAUAAGGGAACGGGUCAACCUAAGAGUGAUAAUGUAAAGACGUUAAUCAAUAAUUCAAAUAUUGCUUCUGCUGCACAAGUAGCUACUCAACUAUCUAGUGCUGUUGUUAAUCUGGCAGCUAAACAAGUGAGGAUUACAUCAAAUUCUGGGGAUGCAUCCCCUCUGGCAGAUUUUCUUUCUCUGGAACCUUUUGCUGGACCAUUUAAAAAUUUAAAAAAAGAUAGUAUGCCUAAAUUAGAUGCUGCAGACUCUGCUUUUGCAACCCUUAAAGGAAUUAAGGUUCUAACUGAAGUUUGUGCUGAAGACUGUGUGUGUCUGGACAAAAUUGUUGAUUUUGGGAUUUUAUGUUUGCUGAGGCGCUUUUUGUUGAGUGAUGAUUAUGAAAAACUAGCUGCUAUUGAAGCUUACAAUGCAUCAUCUAAAGCACAUGAGGGGCAGGAACGGAUAUCCAAUGUAAAUGGGGAGCCCCCUAUAUCAGAUGUAAAUGAUUCAGCUAGUGUCCGGGUUCCACCCACUGCUCAUAUCCGUAGGCAUGCAGCUCGGCUGUUGACCAUACUCUCGCUGCUUCCCAAAGUCAAAAAGGUCAUCAUAGCUGAUGAGACUUGGUGCCAAUGGCUUGAUGAAUGUGCUAAUGGGAGGAUUCCAGGUUGCACUGACCUUAAAAUGCAAAGCUAUGCCAGGGCAGUGCUUUUAAAUAUAUUUUGCAAUGACCAGCUUAAAGGAAAGUCUGAAAGUGGAACUCCUUCUGAUGGUGGUAUAAAAAAUUAUAGGAACUCCUGUCCUCGCUAUGAUGACAGGAUAUUGUUGAUAAAUUCUCAUCUUCCCCAUUGGAAGUGUCCCAAAGAAACAGAUCAACAAGAUAACUCUAAGGACACAGCUGUGGCUACUUCUGCUGAUACUGAGGAUGGAACAGAAUCCUUGAAUGAUGGCAACAGCUCUAAUUCUAUUGAUUCAACUAAAAGCAGCCAAGAUGCAAAUUGUCCUCCACUAGAUGUAGUUUUUGUCCAUGGCCUUCGUGGCGGGCCUUUCAAAACUUGGCGUAUAGCUGAGGACAAAUCCUCAACUACUUCAACCUUGGUGGAAAAGAUUGAUGAGGAGGCAGGAAAGCUUGGAACCUUUUGGCCUGGUGAAUGGCUUUCCAGCGAUUUUCCUGAGGCUCGGUUGUUUACCAUCAAAUACAAGACUAAUCUUACACAGUGGUCUGGAGCUAGCCUGCCUCUUCAGGAAGUUAGUUCUAUGCUAUUGGAGAAACUUGUUGCUGCAGGAAUUGGGGAUCGACCUGUUGUUUUUGUUACUCACAGUAUGGGAGGCCUGGUUGUGAAGCAGAUUCUUCAUAAGGCAAAGGAUGAAAGUUUUGAUAAUCUUGUGAAUAAUACCAUAGGAAUUGUGUUUUAUAGCUGCCCACAUUUUGGUAGCAAACUUGCAGAUAUGCCUUGGCGAAUGGGCUUUGUGCUUCGUCCUGCUCCAUCAAUAGGAGAGCUAAGAAGUGGAUCUUCAAGACUGAUAGAGCUUAAUGACUAUAUUCGUCAUCUUCACAAGAAACGAGUCCUUGAUGUCCUCAGCUUCUGUGAGACCAAGGUAACUCCAAUUGUUGAAGGUUACGGUGGAUGGGCCUUUCGAAUGGAAAUUGUACCAAUUGAGUCGGCAUAUCCUGGAUUUGGGGAACUUGUUGUAUUGGAAUCAACUGAUCAUAUAAAUUCUUGCAAACCAGUGAGCCGCUUAGACCCUUCUUAUACAGAGACGUUGAAGUUCUUGCGGAAAUUAAAAGCUUCUUAUGCCUGAGCUAGUGUGUUUCAGCCGGAGAUAUGUAAAUUCCUUGAAAAGUGCUAGGUAGGUCAAAUGCACGAGAAGCCUGUGUAUCCUGUGGUUUGGACUCGAUAUAGGUUGAUAUAAUUUAACAUGUUUAGUGAAGCUUCAAGGUGGACUAACAGAUUUCGUGCAAGUCUUCUAUUAGAUAUGGCUUGCCCCUGUACAUUUUUUCAUUCAUCUGCUUCAAAUUUCGUGAAUGUAGUAGGUCAGCUGGCCCUUGGGGAUUGUAACCAGUGUCCUUUGUACAUAAAUAGGAAACAGAAAUAUAAGCUGUGUAUAUUCAUGUAAUCAUAUCUUGUUCGCUCAUCUGCUGUCCUCAGCAAAGAGAUUUUAGACAUGGUCUAUUAUUUUAAAAUAACUGUAAAAAUUACACAUACCUCAUUUAGAGAGAAUUUGAUUUGGGGAACAUCACUUUGUUCUACAAAAUAGUGUGCAAAUUUAAUAGCUCAAUGUGAGUUAAAUUAAAUUCUAGUAUCAUUAUGUGU